GACGUGGGCUUUAUUUUUCCGUUGGGCAGUCUUUCUCCAGCUUUUGAGUCGGAAUCGCAGUUUAAACUGUGGAAGGGUAGUUUCGCGUGUGGUCGUUGUAUGUUUUGGUAAAGUUAGGACAUUGUGGUUAACUCGAAACGCGCGAAAGUUACAUUGUGAUUAAAAAAUUAUAAUUUUCAUAUAUAAAUUUUCAAUAUAUUGAGUAUUUCAAUCGAUUAUCACGAUGGGCGACAUGGUGGACCAAAUUCUGAAUAUGUACAAGUUAGAUAAACCUUUCACAAUAGCGAUGCCAUGCAAAGAUCGGAAACGAGCAGAUGGAGAACCAAGUAUCUUCAAUAAACCGAAACCAAAAACGAAAUCCGAGAUAGAUUAUGCAAAAGAAUAUAAGAGGAAAGAUGAUGAGGAAUAUUUAAAGUUGACGAAAAAUAUAAUCUUCAAUAAGAAAAAUUGUUUGGACAAUAUGUCCGAUGUCACAGAACCCAUGGACGGAGUGUCUAGCAAUGAGAAUCCACAGAGAAUUUAUAAAACAUAUAACUUUGCCUAUCGGCCCGAGAAUAAUUUACCUAUUCUUUCCAUUAGGGAAAAAAUAGUAUCUAUGAUAUCUAGCAAUUCGGUCAUUAUUAUACGUGGUUCCACAGGUUGCGGCAAAACCACCCAAGUGCCGCAACUCAUUCUUGAUAAUGAAUUUCAAAACAACCGAAACUGCAACAUAAUCGUUACACAGCCAAGACGUAUCGCCACGCUGAGUAUUGCCAAAAGGGUUAGCCAGGAAAGAGAUUGGCCUGUCGGUACUAUCGUGGGGUACCAAAUGGGUUUGAUCAAGCAUGUGUGCGAGGACACUCGCAUAACGUACUGCACUACUGGUGUACUCCUGCAUAAGCUUAUUAAUAAGAGACACAUGCUGGACUACACACACAUUAUACUGGACGAAGUGCAUGAACGCGACGAGAAUAUGGAUUUCCUUCUGCUCGUGGUUCGAAAAUUGCUACGCACAAAUUCAAUGAUGGUCAAAGUCAUAUUGAUGUCGGCAACGAUCGAUUUAGAUAAGUUUUCCGAGUACUUUUCAACACCUGUUGAAAAUAAGCUUGUACCAGCAUCCAUCAUCGACAUACCAGAGAGUAGCCCGUACAAUAUUUCUAUAUAUUAUUUAAACGAAAUGGAGAACCUCGGCAGUAUACCUGAGAUAUCCAAGAACGAACCGGGGCUUACUUCAGCUUUGACCGAAUUUUGUAUACGUAUUAUACAUAUUUUCGAUCAUAUAGACAAAAAGAACAACAGCAGGGAUGGUGGGUACAAUAGGCUCGGUGUAUUGGUAUUUCUACCAGGAAUAUAUGAGAUCGAAGACAUGCGUGCAGCGCUUACAUCGAAUAAAUACAAGGACAUGAAAUGGGAUAUCAUUAUUUUACACUCGUUGAUCUCGACCGAGGAGCAAGAGAAUAUAUUUAAGAAGCUGCCCGAUGAUCACCGACGUAUUAUAUUAUCGACCAAUAUCGCGGAAAGCAGCAUCACUGUGCCUGACGUGAAAUACGUAAUCGACUUCUGUUUGACAAAACUUCUCGUCACCGAACAUAGAUCCAAUUAUCAGUGUCUAGAGCUCUGCUGGGCAAGCAAAUCGAGUUGUCAGCAACGUGCCGGCCGCGCAGGUCGUGUGAUGGAUGGUAGAGUGUAUCGAAUGAUACCGAGAUCGUUUUACGAAAACGCGUUGCCCGACGACGACAUUCCAGAACUGAUCAGAUCUCCAUUGGCGAAUGUCGUUCUUAAGGCCAAAAUGCUGGACAUGGGCGAGCCGAAGGCACUGCUCGCUCUCGCGCUGGACCCGCCGAACCUCAGCAACUUGCAAAGCACUAUCUCGCUGUUGAAGGAAGUCGGCGCGCUGCUGAAUAUGCCCGGUGACUUCGACGGGGAUGUGACGCCCUUGGGCCGUGUGAUGGCCUCUCUUCCGUUAAACGUACACAUGACCAAGCUGGUCGUUCUGGGCCACGUCUUCGACGUGUUGCAGGACGCGAUCAUCAUCGCUGCCAGCAUGUCCGUGAAGAAUAUGUUCAACAUCGGGUCCUACCAGUCGGAGUCGACCUAUUACGAGAAGCUCGAGUGGGCCGCCAACUCCGCCAGCGACUGCAUAGCUUGUAUAAAUGCGUUCAAGGUGUGGCGAAACGAGAAGAUGAAUCGUCGUAUAACCAGACCUCGGGAGGAAAAGGAGUGGGCGCGGAAGAAGGGUCUGCGGGUGAGAUCGCUGCGCGAGAUCAACGCCCUGGUGACCGACAUAACGCGGAAAUUGGAGCAGUUCGGUAUCAAGGAGUACAUGAGCACCGAGAAGCGCACUUGGGACAGUCACCACGUCAACCGUAACAUCGUCCUCAAGGUCAUCAUCGCCGGCGCCCUCUACCCCAAUUACUUCGUCAAGCUCCCAUACGACAAGGCGUAUUGCCGUAAAGACGUAGAGAGGGCGAUGUCCAAUCAUGACCCGAGGAAAACCGUGUUCCUGCGCGGAUGGCCGUUGGAACAGCCGGGCAUGUUGUACGCCAAGAGAAUUCAGGAGAUCUUCGCAGAUUUCAUGGAGCUGCGGGAUCCCGAUGACAUAACGGUGUCCUUCGACGGGUCGAGCCGCGUUUACGUCAGAUACGACGGCCGCUCGUUCGACGAUCACACUUUCCUGCGGAACGCCAUCAAGAUGAGGCAGUGCCGUGUGCCGAUCAAGAUAGACUUGCUCAGCGAGAAGGAGGCUUCCGAACGGGCGGCCAUGCUCGGGUUUACGGAGAUAUUUGAGCACAAGUCUUCGACGGACUGGACGAUCAAGAAGUACGAGAGGAAGCCGUAUCCCGAGGUACCGAAGUAUUUUGAGUGCCGGUCGAAGGUGACGCUGCACGGCCCGUGGUCGCCGUUGGAAGUUCAGCUGGAGCACCUGACAAACUCGGGCACGAUGAAGAUCGUGAACGUGGAGGCGAUAUCGGUGAAUUCCGUCCUGCUCAACACCUAUCCGGACAAUUCCAAGGGACUCUUCCUGGUGGCGCAGAAUAUUCACCAGUGCGUCAAGAACGCGCAGCGCUUGAUCCUGCAGAACACGACUCUCUUGCCUGACACGCCCGGCUUCGCGUCCCUCAUCAUAUUAAUGUUCACACCGUACAUAGAGAUGAGACGUGAUCCCCUGGGCGUACGUUACACCGGUGCUCUGUGCGGCCUAGGAUACGACCACGUCACGGGGCUGAAUCUCUUAUCCGAGCACGAUCUGGAGAACGUAUUCGACGUCGAGAUCACGAUGAACGAUCUGCGAACGAUUAACAAACUACGCCAUUGGAUGAACAUCGCGAUGCACUCCGUCGACGGCAUCAACGAGGACGAGCGGAACGAGCUGAUCGUAAACUGCCAGAAUCACGUCAAGAGCGCGUUCACCGAGGUGAUAUACAAGCCACGGCAGGCGCAGGUGCCGAUCCUGACCACUAAUUUUCACAAGUGGAAUCUCUACGACGAGACCAUGUUCCUCGAGCCCGCCCGGGGUACCAGCAGGAGGAACUGCGUGUACAGCCUGCACAAGGCGUUGGACUUGAACGAACCAAACCCCGAACUCGAAGGCUUGAUUAAGAAUCUCUUGGAGAUGGACGCCUUAGCUCACGAGGAUCCACGUGAAGUAACUAUCGGGCCAGUGGUUUGUAAAUUAUGUUCAAUAGAGAUACGGGGAAUUGUAAAUCUUCGUUCUCACCUGUGCUCAGAACAACAUAAAGCGAAGCAACGAAUGGCAGAUACGACUACUCAAUAUGGGGAAGAUCUGCAAAGCCUUUUGAAAAACAUGAGAUUGUAAUACCGUGAUCGGUGGGAAGAACUUUACCGAUAAACUUGUCCUACAUUGAGAUACGUAUCAUAAUCAGCAUGAUUAUGUGCCAUAAUCACCUGAUCACCUGACAAUUACAUGAUUGUGAUUUUUUUUUUGAUAUCUCUGUGAGUUGAAAUUUUCGGACACGAAAAUGUGCGUUUCAAGGAUUUAAGUAAACUUAUUUUCUUAUGCUUACUUUUCCUUUCUCCAUAACUUGUAAUAUUUUGUUUACUGUUGAAAAGAAAGAG